AAACCACUGUGCUAGAUUUGGAAGUACCAUAUUGCUUUUCAUUUUCUGUUUGGUUUAUUUAGGCAACCGCCUAGUCCACACGUGUACUAUAUAGUGCAAAUGCUUACAUGGUGGACAAAAAGGGGAGACACACCAUUGGUUCAGUUUCUGGAUGUGGAUAUCUUAAUUUAUGCAUGGCAACUAAUCAGCAUUAUUAUUGCAUGGAUGAAUUUGAAGAGAGUGCCUAUAAAUGCCCAGUAUUCUCCCAUUCAAGUUCAUCAAUACAUUCUAUCCUUUCAAAGUCUUUUGAAGAAUUGAGGUUCAUAUUAGUCACAAUUCCUUCAUUUGAGAUAAAAAUGAAGUCAAGUCCUGCUGAGCUAAUUAGUGAGGCAAAGAGUUCCACCCAAAAUAGCAAGAUGAAGAGGGCAGUGUCUGUGCUUGAUUUCAUUCUGAGGCUAAUUGCAGUUGUUGCCACCUUAGCAAGUGCCAUUGCAAUGGGAACAACGGAUGAGUCACUUCCCUUCUUCACUCAGUUCAUUCGGUUCAGGGCUGAGUAUGAUGAUCUUCCUACUUUGAGGCUUUUUGUAGUUGCCAGUGCAUUUGCAAGCGGCUAUCUCAUUCUUUCCCUACCAUUAUCCAUCUUGCAUAUCACAAGGAGCAGCGCUCGAAGGACUAGAGUUAUCUUGAUUAUCUUGGAUAUGGUAAUGCUAACUUCAUUGACAGCUGCAUCUUCUGCAGCAGCAGCUAUUGUUUAUUUGGCUCACAAGGGGAAUGCCAAAGCAAAUUGGUUUGCCUUUUGCCAACAGUAUGACUCUUUCUGUGAGCGCAUAUCUGGAUCUUUGAUUGGAUCCUUCAUUGCAAUUCCACUGUUCAUCAUGCUGAUCCUUUUCUCUGCUUUGGUUCUCUCAAAACGUUAAACAAAUCUUUGAACCACUCCAGCUACCAAUACCAUGACCAGACAUGCUUUGUUUGGAUAAAAAUGUGUGUGAGAUGUAUUCCACUUUGUUGUGUACUUUAUAUGUUCUCUGUUUGAUGUUCAAUACUUGUAUUGGUUUUCUUCACAA